UUUUCUAAAAGAGACGGCGAUCGACAGAACGACAAAGCCACGCUUCCACGGCUUUACCAUUCCAGCACUCCAAAGCAUCCGUCGUUCCUCUCUCUCUCUCGCUUGCUCAAGCACCAUCGUAGCUCUGCUCGACGCAACCCCAGUUCGUGGGACAGAGGUGCCAUGGAUGGGAAAAUAGGUGUUUUGUUUGUUCUUGUGUUGAGCACAACCUUCAUCUGUGAUGCUAGACAACUAAACUCAAUUGUGGGAGGAGAAGGUUUGAGGAAUGAUAAUGUCUGCAUGCUUUGUGAGGAGUACACUGCUCAGGCACUUGAUUACAUUAGUGACAAUAAAACCCAGACUGAGAUUCUUGAACUUCUUCAUAAGAGUUGUUCCCAUCUGCCAUCUUUUAAACAAGAGUGCAUCACUUUGGUCGACUCCUAUGCUACUCUCUUCUUCACAGAGGUAUCCUCAGUAGAACCAGAAGAGUUCUGUAGGAAGGUCAACCUGUGUGAAAAAGUGGCAUUCCUUUCUUCACAACUUCAGGAUGAUAGCUGUGAACUGUGCCAUCAUGCUGUUUCAGAAGUCUUGGAUAAAUUAAAAGACCCCGACACACAGAUGGACAUAAUUCAGAUUCUCCUGAAGGCUUGUAAUUCCAUGGAAAACUAUGCGAAGAAGUGCAAGAAGAUGGUUUUCGAGUACGGGCCACUGAUUCUUGCCAACGCGGAGCAGUUCCUGGAAUCAAAUGACAUAUGCACCACUUUGCAUGCCUGUAAAGCUUCUACCAUCAGCGCAGGAGAGGCGCUGGGAACUUCAUCUGGAGUUGCUUCCUCUUAGACGCAGCGCUAGAAAUGGGGUAGCGUCGAAUUCAUCUGUGGACAGCAUCUGCAUUCUUUGCUUUCUGUUGUAUACUAUACGUACAAGUUUGAUUGGAGUGCUUUACCCAAGAAUGAAGUGAAUAGCAUACUGAAUUUGGAAGUUACAUGACUUACACGCGUUUGUAAAAUAUCUCUCGUCAUGAAUUAUCAAUCUGAGUUUGGAAGUGUGGUCUUUCUGUA